UUUAUACGGUUCGCCAACGUUAGUUUCCUUUAAUAAUAUAAUUUUCCUCUUCCAAAGACAAUAACUAACAGAUCCAACUAACCACCGUACCAUUGAAUUGCCAUUCCGGCCGGCCGGCCGAUAAAACUAAAUGAGCUCCGACGACGAUGAUCUUGAAGGUGGGCCCCAGUCCGGUCGGGCCGGCGUGUUCCGGAUACACACUGCAGUCGCCGGCUUCCGCCGCCUAAUUGUCAACACCAUUGGAACUCCCAACGACAACCUUCAUCUCCGUCAGAGGCUGCAGAGUAGCAGGGUGCAAAUUGGGCAGUUAGUAAAGGAAACUUCAGCCAAGCUCAAGCCUGUUGCUGAUAAGCAUGAGCAGAACCACCCUGUGUUGAAGACAUACUUUCAACUUCAGCCACCCCCUGUGGAGGAAAUCGCCAAUGCUAGGCUUGCAAAAGAUGUUCAAUCAGUUCUUAAAGAGUUCGAAAAGGCCCAUCAUCAUCAUCUACUCACACCAGAGAAAGACACCAUUAUUUUGUCUCCCAGCAAUAAUAAUAAUGUUGGACAAACUUCCAGCUUCAUGGAAUCUAUGAGACAGGAAGUCAUUCUCCAGCUGGAAAAUGAGAUUGAUUUAGAUGAUGAGUCGAUGUCCAUGUUUGAAGAAAGAGAAGAAGGUGGGAUGAAGGAAAUUCAGGAGCAGAUGAAUGAAGUAAAUGAGAUAUUCAGGGAUUUAGCAGACCACCUGCUGGUUCAUGAACAACAAGGAAUUACAAUUGCGUUCAUCUUUCAGAGGGCAUCGUUCCAAAUACUGAGAUCUGCAACACCGCUAUCACAGCACAAGCCACUUCCCAACUACCAAAGCCAUCAAGAAACCACAGCUCUGAAUCAUCUAUGACUUGCCUGUCACUGGUGAUCUUUGGGGUUAUCCUGCUUAUUGUACUCAUACUACUUACAGCAUAAUGAAGCAGGUUUAAAGCACUACAUUCUGAAACUUAACCUGAAGGGGUUAUUCAUCAAAUUGUCUUCACUUCACUUCUUAUGUACAACACCCUGAAUGUAAAGUCAUCAAUACAUGUAUAUAUAUAUAUAUAUAUAUAUGCAGCUAGCUAGCUUGAUCAUUAAGUAUUAGGGACCCUCUGCGGCUCUGCCUCAUAUAGAGCUGAGAUAUAUACAUUACAAGCCAAACUCCUCUAUUCUUCAGGGCAUUGGUUAUGGAGGGACAAACUCAAAUUUGUUUAUCUACUUUAUGUUGAAAGAUAAAGUGAUAAAAAUUCAAACUAUGAUUUACUACCAAACAGAGUGUGUAUAAUAUAUGUUUUAGUUUAAUAAUUAUCUAAACUUAAAGUAAUCAUCUUACUUAUACA